AUGAUCAUUGAUUUUGGUAAAGGUUGUCAAAGUAAAAAGUUGAAUGCAAUCAAACUGUACAAGAUGGUAGCAGCAUUUCCACUCGGCAAGCUCCUCUACCUCGGGGUGAAGCAGAUGUCCAAACCUCUAGCUAGGGGAAUUCAAAGAAGAGCUCUGAACAGCCCGUUUAUCAGGACCUACAUAUGCUCUCCUCCAGCACAAUUGUUACACUGGCUGGAAGUGUUUGUGAAGAUGAGACUGAUGGGUGCCAGCGGGCCCACACAAGUCAAGCCGCUCAGUAGCGAGAAAGCAGUUGAAAUUGGGGCCGAAAUUAUCGGGGAGCUGAUAGUCUACACCAUUGCAUCGUCUGCCAUCAUAGCAGAAUACUAUCGCAGCUCACGGAAGGGGCAGGCAGUUGAAGACACUCAAGACCAGAAGAUUUCAAAGUUAAACAAUAAAUUGAAAUUGUUGGAUAGAGAAAUGAACAUUGUCAAGAGAAAGAUACACCAGAUAGAAGACACAGGAUUGCUACAGCAAAAGUCAAAAGGAUAAUAAUAUAUAAAAACAGUCAAUAGUAAUAAGGUUUUAUACUGUGUUUGCAAAGUUUAUAUAUGUAGAGCCAGCCUGUUAUCUCUUUGUGUGAUUUCUUGGUGAUUCUAAAGA